AUGAAGAAGGGUCAUGCGACAUCAGCAGCAGCUCGAACUCGCGAAAACCAACGGCGUUCUCGCACGCGGCGCAAGGAAACGCUAGAGAAGGAUCAAAGGAGACUCGCACGAGGCGAAGAAAAUAGACAGAAGCACACCAUUAUUGGUGGGCAGGGAAAACAAAGCGAACAGAAAGCAAUUGUAUUGUGGUUAUGGAGAGAAGAGAAGAAGGAAAGCAAGAAGAACAAGAGGCAAGCACUGAUCUUGGCAACAGAGAACAUUACCUGA